AUGAGCAUCAUCAACCCAACGUGGCGCAAGGGCCUGGGUGUGACCAGCUACCCAGCAAGGCGGCUGCUGUGGGACUUCAUGGUGGCGCAAGAACAUCAGUUGCGUUGUUUGCAAAUUGAGCUGGGCUGUUCCUUCGGUGAGAUCUCCGCCCAUGAUUCUGAGAAGCUGCUUCGGGUGAUCCUGUCCUCCCAGCAGCCAGACAGGGGCAAGAAGGCCCAGGCCUUCCUCACCACCCAGGGGCUGGAGCCAGAGAUGGUGGCGGAGCUCGUGGCUGAGGAAGUCACCCGAGAAGUGCUGGCGCCUUUGCAAGGAAAAGGCAAGCGAGGUGAGGCAGAGGCGGGCGGAGGCGGCGAGGUGGAGGGCAAUCUGCGGCAAGUGCCGCCGCUUGUGGCGCCGCCGCCGCUGUCACCACCGGCCCGCCGCCGCCAAGAACACACAAGCGGCAAGAACAAGCAGCGAGGCGGGCGGCGCGGCCUGGCACAGCUCGGCGCGGCGCAGCCUGGCACAGCCCGGCGCGGCCCGGUGCGGCGCGGCCUGUCCCGGCGCGGCCUGGCGCAUCCACAGCGGCAAGGACAAGCAGCGAGGCGGGCGGCGCGGCCCGGCACAGCCCGGCGUGGCGCGGCCUGGCACGGCGCUGUGCGGCCUGGCGCGGCCCGUCCCAGCGCGGCCUGGCGCAGCCGCAGCGGCAAAGACAAGUCCCAGGGCAGGCCGAACAAGCAAGGCGGCGGCGGCGAGGCGGAGUUGUUGGAGGACGCCAAGACGCGGGGAACAGGACGGCAGCAGAGGCCGAGGCUAUACAAGCCAAGCGAGGCAGAGGCGAGAGUCAGGCAUAGGAAGAACAGGAUUUGUCACCAUGAAGAGGAGUGCAGCAGAAGCACAGACAGCUCCCAGCAAAAAGAAAAGGCUAAGCCUCAGAAGGAGGAGCUGGAUGAAAAUGAAUCACAGAUCUGUUUUUUCAACUUGAGGAAUCUCAGAGAAGGAAAUGGCCCUUCCCUGGUGCAAGAGUCCACAGACAACCUGUGUGCCUUGGCUGAGACCAAGGUGGCCGGGGUCCUGCGGGCCAUCUGCAAGUACCGCCAGAGCAUCCACAAGAUUUCUCCAAAGCAUCGCUUGUGCAUUAAUCAGAUCCUGCAAGCUGUGAUCAAGUCAGCCAGUAGCAUAGACUACAAACUGGCUAACGUCCUCAUCAAACUGGCCGCUGAAGAUAUGCUGAGGACCACGGAUCUUCAGGACCUGUAUCAGGACGCGGCUGGUGACAUCCUGGUGGCCUUGUGGAGCCACUUCCCGGCAGACGUGUUGACCAAGCUCCUGGAGGGCUUCCGAGGCCGGCUGCUCCCGUACCGUAGCAUCCUCUGUGUCUUGGGGAAACUGGCAAACAAAGCUUUCACCGAGAGUGACACCUUCAAGAUCGACGUGUGGGAGCAGAAGCUGGUGGAGUUUGUGGAGCGGCUCUUGAUCGAUGUCACGGAUAAGGCUUGCUUUCAGGAACUCCAUCAGGAGCUAGUGAAAGGGGACACAAAAUGCGACAGCCAAAGCCCUGAAAAGAUCUUCCUCUACCAGUACUAUGGAGCCAUCCUGCGUACCUCAGAUGACUCUCAGUUAGUCCAAGAGCAACUCUGCAGUAUCCUGUCCCUGUCCCACCGAGGACCUUUGGAAGCAAUGGGCAUCGCUUCCGCUGUGGGCUUGGCUGCAUCCCGCCACCCCGAUGAGGUUUUAAAGGCACUGGAGAACUUCAACAAGAAUGGGUCACAAGCCAGCCAGCACUGCAAGUCGACCACGCUGCUGCUGUGCUACGGACGUGUGGCCCUGGGCAUGAAGGAGGAGCUGCUCCCUCGGGUCGAACUCAUCCUGACCAAAAUGAUGGAGCACUUCGCCAUCGCCCCCUUGGACAUAAACCUGAAGAAAACCUUUUUGAUUGCUGUGCUGAUGUUCCUUGAGGCCGUUGCUGCAACAGGUAAAGCACAAGGCAUCUGUCUGGACAAGAAAACGGCACUGGUGGAAUGCCUGAUCGUGCUGAUUGAAAGAGAACCUGUCCACACACUGGCCAGCACAGUGCGUCAGGAUGCUAUGUACAUCGCGAAAGAACUCAGCAAGCUGAAGCCUCUCCUGGAGGCAGAGAAGAAAUCCCAGCUGCUCUGCGUCUCCUUCGUGAGCGUGUUUGGCCUUCCCCCCCUGGACAGCCUAGAAGGGCAAACGUACGGAAACGAGCCGGCAGUGGAUGACGUCAAAGGCCUCUACCACCAGACCAUGAGCAGCUUUGAGGAGAUGCUGCAAGACCUGCUGCUGGAGAACCCACGCCCAAGUGAGCUGCAGCACCUGAUGAAGAUCAUGGAACCAUGGAUGACCUCAAAAUCAGAUCAUGUGCGUGAGAGAGCGGUGGAGACAGCAAUGAAGCUCUUGAAAUUUGUAGCUGGGCGUUUCCACUUUGAUCUGUCUCGGGACUUCAGCAAGCUGGCCCACCUGACUGCUGUUCUGAUAGCUCUGUGCAAUGAUCCGGUGCAGCGCAUUAGUGCUUUUGCAGUGCAAGGAGUCAGCUGCCUCUAUGAGAUCUUGUUGCGCCGGAAGGGGCUGAAGAAGAGCAAGCAGAAGAGGAGGAAGUGGCCGUUGCAGAGGAGCUUCAAGGCCCAGGAAGAGGAGUGGUGCUCCCUCGUGGUGCUGGACAGCAGCUGGCAGAUGGCAAUGCAUUGUGGCGACCAGGCCUUCUCCGCCCAGCUGACCAACCUGCUGCUCUCUGUUCUGGAUAGCCUGAGGGACUCCAACGCAGAGCAGCUGAAGGCCGCCGAAGAGGUGCUCAACGCGAUCCUGCAGAACCAUGCCAUGAAGGUAGAAAGGGUGCAAGACAUCAUGGGAGCUAUCUACAUGUGCCUGCAGCUGCGCCAGGCCUCGUAUUGGACUCGGAAAGUGGUGCUGAGGGCAUUAGCCUUCCUGAUCCCGUAUCACAUGGAGGAAGUCCUGCGAAGCUGCCUCUCUUUUUCAAUACCCGUGAACAGGCACGCUAGUGAGCUCUGGGCAGCAAUGGCCUCAACGCCCCCUGUGGCCGGGCAAAUCCUGCAGCUGUUGCUGAAGAACCUCCAGGUCAAGGAUCCUUCGGAGGGGGAUGAAGCCAGCGCCACCAUGUCUCUGGCUGCAAUGAACGUCAUCUACGAGACCUUCCACAUUCCCGGGUACCGCGCAGCCCUGGCAGAGAUGCACCUUCAGCUAUUCAUCCCUUUGCUCAAGCAGGUCCUUUACGUGAUGCAGCUCAACUUGCCAGAGGCCUUAAAAGCCAGGCAGGAAGUCAUCCUGAGAGAAAACCCUGAGGCACUCAGCUUCAAGAGCAUGGCAGUCGAGAUCAUGAAAAAACUGUUCUCUGUCGCUUGGGACUGGCCGGUCUACGCCUGCAUCGAGUUCCAGCAAGGAUGGCUGGCGCUGAGCACCCCGCAGCAGUUCUUACAAGGCACGCGUCUGCUGGCCAGGGCCAUGACAGAGUGUGACAGUCCACACAUCCCCGGCAUCUUUGGGGAGGCCGCCCUCAUCCUCAGCAGCGAGGAGGACGAGCUGAGCAAGAUGACGGCUUUGGCGCUGGUCAUUGAGUUCCUCAAGAGCCCCUCUGCCGCCAAGCUGAUGAACAGGUUCAACCUCAAGGACCACCUCGAGGACGGCGUGGCAUCCUCCAAUCCGGUCAUCCGAGACCUUUGUGUGAAAGGGCUGAGCAGCUUUGUGUUCCAGCCAGGGAAGGUCAAGCUUCUCCGAGAAGAGCUCCCAACCCUGAUCGACUCCAUGUUCAGCGGGCCUAAAAAGCACAUCCUCGAGGGACUGGGAGCUAUCAUGACCGCAAUCUAUAAGAUGGAUGGCCAGGGGAUUGGGCCUCUCUGCGUGGACCUGGCUAUGAAUGUUCGCUCAUUCUUUGAGGAUGAAAGCGCCAGCGUGCGUGCAAUGGCCAUCUCGCUGUUCGGGCAGCUGGUGAUGAGAGCGAAAGAAGCUGACAAGACCCUCCUGGAGAAGGAAGUUGUGCACAGCCUGCUCCCUUUGCUGCUCCACCUGAAAGACCGGGACGGCACAGUUGUCAUGAGAUGCAAACUGGCCCUUUUGCAUUGUGGCGUCUUCCUUGGAUGGGGUCACAUGAAGCUGAUGUUCUGCAGCCUGGCCUGGGACAACCACCAGAGAUGCUUGGUGAAAGUCUGGAAAUACCUGAUGAGGAACAGCCAUGACAACAUCCACCUCUUCCUAUCCCAGGCCUUGGGAUACCUCCAUCACCCGCAGAUAGAGAUAAGUCACGCGGCUGCACGGUUCACAGGUGAGACGCUCAACUAUUACAGCUCUGAGCUAUCAGAACACCUUGAACAGGAGGACAUUUUGUACCUGAAGAAAGUUUUCCAGAAGAUGAAAUCAGGCCCAGAUCCCAGCAGGGUGCACUUCGCCAAAACCUACCGCGUGGCUUUGCAGAAGCUGUCCGUGAAACGGAGGUGA